GUAAUAAAUUUCAGAUAAUAAUGAUAGUAAAUCAGCCCCCAAAUUCCAACCCUUGUUCUACCUCACAAAGCCCGCACAAACAACAAAACCACCAUUUUCAUCCUCAAUAAUUCUCCAUAAAUUCAUGGAAUAAAUUUAAUUUUCGGAUUCUUUGUUUUUUUUUUUCAUGAUUCUCAUCUCCAAAUUCUUCUCGGGAAUUAUAUGAUAAAAUUGUAUAAUUUACUAUAACAAAAAAUGGGGAAAAAUCAAGCGUACAAAGCGAUGCAAAGAUCUCGGCUUGGCUCGAGCUCCGCCGCGCCGGAUGAGGUUGAAGAUGGCAUGGUGGAUGGUUCAUUUCAUUCACCAGAAUGGCAUGCUGCUCGUUUGGCAAGUCUCAAAACUUCUCAUACAAUUACAUGGGAGGAGUACAAGAAGAAGCAAAAGGAGGAAGAAAUGAGAAGGGGGGUGUUGGAAGCGGAUAAAGACAAGAUGAUGAGAGAGUAUAGGGCUCAGCUAGAUGCUGAAAGAUCACGUAAACUUGCACAAGGGAAAAACCACUCCAGCAGCAAAUCCAAGCGCAAAAGGGAUAAGAAGGACAAAGAUUCAAAGAAACACAGCAGCAAGAAGCGAAAGCGUUCGAAGAGAUCUUCAGAUUCUAGUUCGAGCUCCUCAUCAGAAUCAUCUAGCAGCGAUGAUGAAGAGAGAGAGUCGAAGCGAUCCAAGUCAAGGUCGAGGCGAAGCAAGAAAGAGAAGAAACGGCGCUCAAGGUCGAAGCACUUGAGCAGCGAAAAUGAAGACGCUGAUGGGCCUUUGCCGCUGUCCAGAUUUUUCGGAAGCGUGAAAAGUUGAUCUCCGUUCAACGGCUACGCCUCGACUCUGACGACUGUGUACUAUGCUCUUUCCCUUUACUAAUUCACUGUAUAAGUUGAAUCUGCUCAAGUUUUGCGACUUGUAUCUUGAAUAUAUAUAUAGACCAUUUAUUGCAACUUAUUGAACGUUGUAAUAUUCCCAUUGAGUUUGUCGGAUUUUGAGCUAGUGAAAGAAAAAUGCAAUUAUAACUAGAA